AUGAAACCAUCUGUUAUGUCAUAUCCACCUUUAUCACUUUGUUAUUCGCCAUCGACUACUUUUUCAUCUCCAAUUCUUACUCAUUUAUAUAUCAAUGUUGAAAAUUUUGAUGAUUGUCUUUAUUUACUUGAUGGUCGAUUUGGUGAACUGACAACAUUGUGUGUUAAUGUCUAUCAUAUGGACACAUUUGAAGGAAUUGUUCACAAUAUGGAUAAAUUAAUGAAUCUGAAAUGCUUCUCAUUAAAAUCGUUCUGCCCAUUUCAUCAAUAUGAUAAGAUUGUAUUACUUCUUCGUCGUAUGCCAAAUCUGGAGAAAUUAACUCUAAAUAUUUCUAUAGUAGGUCAAAAUAGAGUUAUUGGUGGUACUUAUGUUCAACAUGAUAUUU